AUGCAUAUCAAAGACAAAUUGGCCCUGGCAGAGGCCACCGGGAGACCGGGAAUCUCCUUUGAAUUCUUCCCUCCAAAGACCGCACAGGGUGUACAAAAUCUUUAUGACCGUAUGGACCGCAUGCAUGGACUUGGGCCGUCCUUCAUCGAUAUAACCUGGGGCGCAGGAGGUCGACUGGCGGAGCUCACAUGUGAAAUGGUGCAUGUCGCGCAGUCUGUCUACGGGCUGGAGACCUGCAUGCAUCUCACCUGCACUGAUAUGCCGAGAGAGAAGGUUGACGAGGCUCUGCAAAGUGCUUUCAAGGCUGGCUGUACCAACAUUCUAGCUCUACGAGGAGACCCGCCUCGAGAGAAGGAAGCAUGGGAGCAGACCGAAGGAGGGUUCCGGUAUGCGAGAGAUCUUGUCCAGUACAUUAGGGAGAAGUAUGGCAACCAUUUCGAUAUCGGUGUCGCGGGUUACCCUGAGGGCUGUGAGGAUGAGGAAGACCCUGAGCUAUUAAUGAAGUACCUGAAGGAAAAGGUCGACGCCGGUGGCACCUUUAUCAUCACCCAGAUGUUCUACGAUGCAGAUAAUUUCAUCGCAUGGGUGAGGAAAUGUCGACAGGCUGGAAUUAAGAUCCCCAUCAUCCCCGGCAUCAUGCCAAUCUCAACUUACGCCGCCUUUAUUCGUCGUACCAAAUGGGUUAAAUGUGCUGUCCCGAAAGGCUGGAUGGAGGCUCUUGAGCCGGUGAAGAAUGAUGAUGCCGCUGUUAAGCAUAUCGGAAAGGCUCUCGUGGCUGAGAUGUGCAGAAAGCUGCUCGAUAAUGGCAUCAACCAUUUGCACUUCUACACUAUGAACCUUGCACAAUCCACCAGCAUGGUUUUGGAAGAGUUGAAUCUGAAACCUUCCUCCGAAACUCCUCUCCAGAAACCACUACCAUGGAGAAAGUCUCUUGGUCUUGGGAGGAGGGAGGAAGAUGUCCGACCUAUUUUCUGGAGACACAGACAUCAAUCCUAUGUUGCACGUACUCAGUCCUGGGAUGAAUUCCCCAACGGGCGUUGGACCGAUUCGCGCUCUCCUGCUUUUGGAGAGCUUGACGUGUAUGGCAUCGGACUCAAAGGCACCAACGAGCAAAACAUCAAGCUAUGGGGUCAGCCUAAAUCGGUCAGAGAUCUAUCUGAUAUCUUUGUUCGCUUCUUGGAGCAGAAGCUCGAUAGGCUACCAUGGAGUGAAAGUGGAAUCACCCAGGAAUCAGAAAUCAUUAAGGAUGAUUUAAUCGACCUUAACAACAGGGGCUUCCUUACCAUCAACUCACAGCCCGCAAUCAACGGUGCUAAAUCUUCUCACCCAAUUUACGGAUGGGGUCCUAGGAACGGCUACGUGUACCAAAAGGCUUACCUAGAGCUGCUUAUCUCUCCAGCACUGAUUGAUGAGGUGAUCAAGCGAAUUGAAACCAACGAGGACUUGACAUACCAUUGCAUCAACAAGAAUGGAGAGUUGAAAACGAACUCGAGUGAUACUCCCAAUGCUGUCACAUGGGGUAUUUUCGCCUCCAAGGAAGUUAUCCAACCUACAAUCGUAGAGACUGUCAGUUUCUUAGCAUGGAAGGAUGAGGCUUAUAGACUCGGAGAUGACUGGGCCAAAUGCCACGAUGCCUCAAGCGCUAGCAGGAAGCUGAUCCAGAACACGAUGGAUACCUGGUACCUCGUUAAUAUCGUGAACAAUGACUUCCAUAAGACCCAUGAUAUCUUUGAUCUCUUCAAGGGUCUAGUCCUCGAGGACAUCGGCACCGAAGUCAGCGGUACUCAACAGACCACUGAACCCACAAAGAAUGGAACACACCAACAGGUUGUUUCCACAAACUAG